CUUUUAAUCUUUAGCUGUUUUCCAUUGGAAAAAUAAGAGGAACCAGAGUUGCUGAGCUGAAAGCUAGUUACAGCUUGCUGCAUGAGACUUUAAAAAGUACGCAACAGUCAGAGAUCCAGAUGCUGCAGGAUGCUAAACACUUUACAGCAGAAAUUGAGAGACAGAAACAGGAGCUGGAGCGGGCUGACCACUUUCCUGAAGGCUUUGACACUGAAGCCAGUAAGAUGAGACAGCAGCUCUUGAAGUUUCAGAAUGACCUUAAUGAGGCAGAGGAGAUUGACUACAACCUGCAGUAUAAGCUUGAGAGCUUACAUGAGGAAAAGAAAAUCCUGGAAAGAGAAUAUGGAAAGAUGCCAAAAUCAGGUGAAUUAGAGAAGAAAACUAAGGCUUUGAAAGAUAACUGUGAAGAGCUGCGUAAAGAGGUUGCCCAAAGGAAACUGGAAAUUGAAGCAUUGAAAGAAGAUACGGAGGUCAAGCAGAGACAAAUCCAACGUGAGCAAAAAGAGCUGGAUGAGAGAAAAGAUACCCAGGAAGAUCUGAAGGCUGAACUAGUCCAACUGCAGUUCAUUACAGUCCAACUUGGGAAGGAGAUUGAGAGAAUAAACCGAAAAAAGAUGGAUGUGCAAAAAAAGAAAACCGAGCUGGAAGAGAGUUCUCUGAACUAA